AUGUUAAGAAAGGCUAUUUUGUUAGGAGCAUUUACUACUGGAUGCACAUUCUUUAUGCCCCCGCAACAAAAGAAGGAUCUUCAAGGAUUUACAGCAGGCUUCCUCAAUUCCUUCUCUGCUAUCAAAACAUGUACUAUGACAUCUUGAUUUAGUAAUCGAAUCUCUUUAUGACUAUCAAGUAGAGUUAACCAAAUUUGAGUAUAAUACUGAAGAAUAUCAUCAAUAAAGAUCUAUUGUAAGGAUAUGUAUUCCUAUUUGUAGAUUCAUCAAAGAGUUGCGGAUAGGAUUUUGAGAUUAAGCAUUGAGAACAAAGGUGUUUAUUUAAAAGCAGGCCAAUAUAUUGGGAAUUUGGAGAGAGUUAUGCCAAGGUAUUAUAUAGUUAAACUUAAGGGAAUUUACAUAAACACUAAGAGUUUUAUAAGAUCAAGGACCUUAGGUGUCUUUUGAAGAUGUUAAAAUUGUGUUAGAAUAUGAACUACAGAAACCAAUUUAAGAAAUAUUUACUACAUUUUCUCAUAAAGCCAUUGCAGCUGCUUCAUUAGCUUAAGUUCAUUAGGCAACUUAUAAUGGAAAAGAGGUGGCUGUAAAAGUACAAUUUCCCUAGUUACGAGUUUAAUAUAGGUAUGAUUUAAUGAUAAUACACAAUAUUGCUAAAUUGUGUGAUUUUGUUGUUUCAAAUACGGGUUCAAGUGAAUUAAAUUUUUCUGAUUUAUUUUCUACGUUUCGAAAAGCUUUGGAGAAAGAACUUGACUUUACUUUGGAGGUUUAAAAUGGUGAAAUUACUAGAGCCAAUUUUAAAAAUAAUUCUAGAAUUUAUAUACCUCAAUUUUAUGAAUAUUCCUAAAGAGUCAUCAUAAUGGAAUUCAUUGAUGGUGUAAAAAUUAAUGAUGUAAAUAAAUUAAAAAAUCCAAGGGAAUGUGCUAAUAUUUUAAUUGAUAUGUUUGGAUAAAUGAUAUUUAAAUAUGGUCAUGUUCAUUGUGAUGCUCAUCCAGGGAAUAUUUUGAUCAGAGAAUAGAAUGGAAAAUAAUAAUUGGUAUUAUUAGAUCAUGGAUUUUACACAGAUAUUGAUUAAGAAAUGUUAUAAAACUUUAGAUGUUUAUGGAAUAACAUUGCUAAAUUCAAUUAUAAAGAAGUGGAGAAAUAUGCAACCAGAUUGGGCAUCAAAAAGGAACAUAUUGAAUUUUUACCCUUAAUUUUCUUUUAUAGAACUAUAUCAUCAAAAAAGAAGUUGGGAGAUGCCUUCAGUGUUGAGGAGAGACAAUAUUUAAGAAAUAAAGAUUUAGUAACUUUGGAAAAUAUAAAUGCAUUGUUGAGAUCGAUGCCCCCUGAGAUCAUGUUUAUAAUUAGAGCCGCCAAUUUAGUAGGAAUUCAUAAUGCUUUACUCGGAGGUAUAUCUUUUUAGAUAUAUUAACUAAGGUACUACAAGAGACAGACUUUUAAAGUUCACAGAAUAUUCUGUUAAAAAUUCAGAAAAGAGUAUUUGGAAAUAAAAGUUUGAAUGGAUAAAAUUAAAGAUAGCUUUAUUUUUAUUUGAAUUUUUUGGUUUAACACAUAAAUGA